AAAACUCUGCUGUUCGUGUGCAAGCGGACCCAGUCGCUCUUGAUACUGGAGUUGACUCGCUUCCACAACUCGUGGCAGGAAGCACGGCCCUGUCGUCCAGAUGUCCAGAUGUGGAUUGCUCUCUGACUUGGUGGCCAGAUUGCCUUCUCGCUGCACUGUAAUGACCGAGGUACAGCUGAUAGAUCCUGGCUCAUCGACCCGACCAACUAAGAAAAUGCUUCCGCCCCGUACAUUCUGGUUGGGGUCCUGCAAACUGCGAUCGAUGGGCGGCAGCUUCUCGACCGGUCCAAACAAGCGGCCAGACAUCAGUAAAAACUCCAGCACCCUGAAGCAGCAGCAUAACACAAACCACCCUAUGGCCCAGUUGCCUAUGGCUGAGUGCUGCUAUAGCGGACAUGGGGUACAUCGAGACCAUAAUAACACUCUCGAGCUGUAUCGCAAGCAUGCAGACCAUGGACAAGCGCAGUCUCAAGUCGCCCUCGGCCGAUGCCUCGAGGAUGGCGAAGGAAUCUAUUGAUGCUACAAUGCAGCCGUUGAUUGGUGCACCAAGAUUGUCGAUCAAGGCAAUGCAGAUACUCGACUUCGAAGCGUGUCUCUCCGCGACUGGUCCUCGUUCAUCAAACUAGAUGUCUCCACAAGGGGUCAACUUGCGUUUCCUUGCUAGUAUGAGGUCAGCACCAGGUCAACCGAUACUGCCAUUUAAACUGAUCGCCACGCACAUGGUCGGGUAGAUGCAUAGCCUUGGUCUGGGUAUAGUUCAAGACAAGCAGAAAGGCGUCAAGAUCACC